AAAAAAACUAACAAUGACUAAAUAGCUUGUAGCUAGUUAGCUGGUUAGCUUCUGGAGGUUCUUGAGUGUGUUCUAAAAAUUAAAAAUAAUAGCGAUUCUGUAUCACAUUGGGUGAGGCAGGUUUCCGGAAGGUAUAAACAAUUUUUAAAAAUCGGGAAGAGAUAGAAAGUACAUAUGGGCCACUGCGAUGCAGACGGUUAGCAGGCCUGUGCUAACAAGCUAACAGAUUAGCAGGCCGGGGUAAACAAGGUAGUAGUUAGCGGACCUGGGCUAAACAAGUUAGCAGUUAGCAUGCCAAAUUAGCAAGCAAGGAGAGAGCGAGGGCUAGAGAGUUAGCCUUUGGAGGACGUCGCGAUGGGGUGUGUCUGUUUAUUCCUCUUCAUGCAGUGACAUCGAUAGACAGGUCGUGGAUCCGGGUAUAGAAGCCCAGGAGUAUGCUAGGAACAUAGGAGCUCUGGCCAGGCUAGCUUCAAGCUACGUGGGUGGAAACGCUAGCCAGGAGUAAUCAACCAGGGUUGCGGUUUAGCUCGAUAGCUAGUUGUGAAGAUCCAGCUGAAAAAAAAAAUCCGUUUGCGGAGGGAAUCCGGGGAUAAAAAAUAAAUAGGUCCGUUAUGCUCUGGUUAGCGUCGCGUUGUUCGAACUGGCGAGAGCUUUCCGAGCUAAAGGUUAGCUGAUGACCGGUUAGCUGAAGACCGCUAGCAUAGCUGGUGGUUAGCUGGCUAGCUUCAGUUGAGGGGUUCCGGUUCCGAAGUAAAUAUAAAUACUUUAGGAAAAGUAGCUACAUUGGGUGAGGCGGAUUGCAGGAGAGUAUUUGGAAGCUUAGGUUUAGCAAAAUGUUUUUAAAGAUAUGCGAAGAAAAAUAUCUAAAACGAAAAAGAGACGAUAUUUACAGAUAUUUACAGAGAGACGAUACCACAAGACGACUUACUGCUACGCCAUCUUGGAUCCAAAGUCUAUGGAGCCUGACCAGAAGACCGCUCCAUCUACCCCUUCUGCGGCACUAUUGUUUUCGGUCGCCGGCUGGGAUCCGAUCAAUUGUCCUGGGUGGUGGACCAAACAGAGGAUCCGCUUCGGGAAAGUCGUAUUCCUGGUCGUAAUGUUGGUGAGUUGACGUUGCUCUUAUAUCCAAUAGCAUAUCACUUUGGCUGUGGUAUCCUUACAACAAUUCGUGUUUUUUAAAUCAUAUGGAUUUAAAAAAAUACACAGCUUCUAAAUGUUACACCAGCCUUUGCUUUGGCUCCCUCUCCUGUCCAGCUCAGGCAUUUCGGCAUCGCCGGCCGAGCUGCUGUCGAACCUACUGCUGGCAAACGGCCUUCACUCAUCAAUCCCGGACUUGUCUCGUCAUUAUUACACACACCUGAUUCCAAUCCCCACUCUAUCACUGUAUAUAUACUCCGUCUGCCAUUUGUCUUUGUCGGUCAUUGUAAAUGUUACUUGUUUUCCUGAGAGGAAACUCUCCUACGAUUUCCUGAGUACUUUAUAUUUUGCACUUUGGGUUCGUCCUGUGCCUUUUGAUAAGGAAGAUAUAUUUCGAGCACAACAGCAUUUGGGUUUCGACAGGCUUUGAUCUAUGGUGCUUAAACAAAUUAAGUAGUUAUAAACCUGCAACUGCAUCCUGCCUACUCCUCUCUACAACAGUGACACUAAAGACUUUAUUAUAUACAGAAGUUACUUCUUUAACAAAAAUCUAUAGGCAUGGCAAUGAGUGGAUUGUUGGUGUGCGUCCUCAUGGCAGCGCUAGUGGGGGUUGGUUUGACAUCACCUGUAUCCAAGUUGGAUGGCAACAGCAAACAGGGUGGGAUACUGCCACAGCUACUGGCCAGGAGGGAGGCAGUGAGGAAUGCUGCGGAGAACAUGGUUAGGACGGCGCAAGACACUCAAAUGAGCAUGGCACGGAUGGAGAGGAUGGCGCACUUGUCGGAGGACCAGCGUGAGUUCAUGUCCAAGCAAAUCAUGCAGGCCAUCUCAGAGAUGAACGAGUGUCCGGACCGGGACUACCAAGGAUGGGUAGACUUUGGACGGCGGAGUGCAGAGUAGAGAUGUAUCACUCGCCAAAUGAGGAACGUCUGCCUGCACUGGCGUUACUCAGGAAGCCAUCCCUACUUGAAAUUUUCAUUGGCUUAUGUCAUGAGUUUUGAUUUUUAUCCAAGUGUCAAAAUAAACAUGUUUGCAGUAUA